GCCGCUCCCUCCCGGCUUCUGUUCCGUCAGCGGACGCGCCCCUCCCCGAGCUGCUCUUCUCGCCGGCCGCGGGCGCGGGGCUGGGCUGGGCGCGGGGCGGGCGCGGGGCCGAGGAAGCCACAGGGAAAGGAUCUAUGUAGAGUUCUACAGCUCCUCCAAGGGGUCCAGACUCAAAACAGAUUAAGAGCUACUGUUGUACACGAGGAAGAAGCGUGGCAGCUGAAGAUCCAACUCUGGGAAUGCAGGAAGAAGUGGAGUCAAAAAAACAGGUUAUGGAAGAUGCUUAAGGGUUUUAGAUGCGAUGAAUUAAUGUUAGCUACAUUAUAAUGAUUGUACUAGUUAAUGUCAGUUUUGUAAAAAGUGUUUUUAUAGUUGUUGGCAUAUAUAAAACUUGCACAAGAGGGUUUAUUAAUUUGGCCUAUAUAAUUAUUACUUCCUUGAGUAAGGGAAAGGAUUGCUUUAAUAUGAACCCAAUGUAGCCAAUGGAAAAGGUUUUCAUUUUAAAAGCCUUUGGGAGAUAGCAUGUGUAAAUGGCCGUGGGAACAGGGGAGCUGCUGAAACUAGCUGGAAAUCAUGACCGGCUUAGCAAGAAUGGGCAUGCAGAGAACCAGAGUACCAACCCAAACAAAACUGGUGUCCAGGAUACAGGGAGGGCUCAGAACCAUCUGAAUGUCAAUCAAGAACAAAUGCCAGGCUCCAGCAGAUUCAGGAAAUUCAGGAAUCAAGGACAGUGAAAGAACCAGUCAUCGUGAAAAGCCACGUACUAGAAACAGUCCAUAAAGAAGCACCAAGAGAACAUUUUGAGCCGAUUUCAAGUGGAAAUUAAACCCUAUUCCUCCACUACAAGUUGGCCUGGGACCUUGUGCCACCCAGAGUGAUGAUAGGAUCUAAAGGUGAUUGCUUGGGAAGCCUGGGGGUAUUUUGGAAAUGUGUGGGAGGUAUUGUUGCUCUGUCAAUGUUGAGGAAAGGUGCUACGUGACUGGCAUUUAGUGGGCAUGGACCAGGUAAUUCAGACGUCCUGCAAUUCUUUUUUCACAAGCAGUUUCACAGAAGGCUCAGCUAUUUUGGAGAAGGUCCUUACAGAGAGGGAAGCUUAUGUGGAAAGAUACUGUCUUGAUCUUAUGAAAGAACAUACUUUGCACAGUGUCUACUCAGUAUAUGACAGUGCAGUUACCUCUGCGCUCUGACAACAAGGUUGCAACUAUAACAGGAUAUUUGAGAUUCCUUUUCACAGAGUUAUUAGCACUACAUUGACAGAGACACAUGAAAUUUAGAGAUCUCACUGAAUUUCAUUAACAAAGGCUGUUUUAAAAUUUCUAUUUCUAGACGGUAUACGUAAAGCAUUUUUUGGCAAGGUGGGAAACGUUAUGAAAACUCCUCAUGUGAGGUUUGGUGUUAUGUUUCCAUCUUACUCUGGUGUUUCCUCAAGGGGUGCCACACAACUCCCUCACAGCCUACUGUAUACUCCCUUCCAAUCCAUCCUUCCCAUAUCCCACACAGCCUACUGUAUACUGCCCUCCAAUCCAUCCUCCCUAUCUCCCUCACAGCCUACUGCAUGCUCCCUUCCAAUCCAUCCUCCCCAUCUCCCACACAGCCUACUGUAUACUCCCAAUCCAUCCUAUCUCCCUCACAGCCUACUGUAUACUCCCUUCCAAUCCAUCCUCCCCAUCUCCCACACAGCCUACUGUAUACUCCCCUCCAAUCCAUCCUCCCUAUCUCCCUCACAGCCUACUGUAUACUCCCUUCCAAUCCAUCCUCCCCAUCUCCCACACAGCCUACUGUAUACUCCCAAUCCAUCCUAUCUCCCUCACAGCCUACUGUAUACUCCCUUCCAAUCCAUCCUCCCCAUCUCCCACACAGCCUACUGUAUACUCCCCUCCAAUCCAUCCUCCCUAUCUCCCUCACAGCCUACUGUAUACUCCCUUCCAAUCCAUCCUCCCCAUCUCCCACACAGCCUACUGUAUACUCCCAAUCCAUCCUAUCUCCCUCACAGCCUACUGUAUACUCCCUUCCAAUCCAUCCUCCCCAUCUCCCACACAGCCUACUGUAUACUCCCAAUCCAUCCUAUCUCCCUCACAGCCUACUGUAUACUCCCUUCCAAUCCAUCCUCCCCAUCUCCCACACAGCCUACUGUAUACUCCCCUCCAAUCCAUCCUCCCUAUCUCCCUCACAGCCUACUGUAUGCUCACUUCCAAUCCAUCCUCCCCAUCUCCCACACAGCCUACUGUAUACUCCCAGUCCAUCCUCCCCAUCUCCUACACAGCCUACUGUAUACUCCCUUCCAAUCCAUCCUCCGCCAACUCCCUGAGAGCCUACUGUAUACUCCCUUCCAAUCCAUCCUCCCCAUCUCCUACACAGCCUACUGUAUACUCCCAGUCCAUCCUCCCCAUCUCCUACACAGCCUACUGUAUACUCCCAGUCCAUCCUCCCCAUCUCCAACACAGCCUACUGUAUACUCCCAAUCCAUCCUCCCCAUCUCCCUCACAGCCUACUGUAUACUCCCUUCCAAUCCAUCCUCCCCCAACUCCCUGACAGCCUACUGUAUACUCCCUUCCAAUCCAUCCUCCCCAUCUCCUACACAGCCUACUGUAUACUCCCAAUCCAUCCUCCCCAUCUCCCUCACAGCCUACUUGUCUGCAGGAAAGGUGGCGCCACAGGGUGAUCGUUCCCCGGUCCCGGAAGUGCCCGGCCUCCCGGAAGUGCCGGAGCGGCUGACGGAGCGGCUGACGGAGCCGGGCUCACCAGAUCGCUGCCGCGAGAGGGUUGCUGUGCUGGGGCCUGGGUGGCGGCUGGAGGCCUGA